AUGUUACGCUUUGCUUGGUUAUAUCUCUGUUUUGCCACUUGUAUAUUCUUCCCCUCUUCAACUUGGGAUAAGUACAGCUAUUCCGACCUCGCUAGAUUGAAGGUCCCGGCAUCUCUCAACUAUACUCAAAUCUACCUUACUAAUUUUUCAAAUCAGUCUUAUAAUUUUCAGCCUCAGGAAAAUACUAUACUAGAGUUUAGGGAGGCUGUUGAAGUUUCCAGAUUAUUAUUAGAUCUUUUUUGCUAUGCUUAUCCAGUGGUUGGUAUUAAUCAGACGGACACAUAUGAAGUAGUACGUGCUAUACUAAAUCACCUGCACCGCGCUCUGGGGGAUUAUAAAGACACUCCAAAGCUCGCUAUCUUUUCCCCGGAAGAUAUAAAAAGAGAACGCUCCUGGAUUGCGCUUAAUGCCUCUUAUUUAGCUUCGCUUUUGCAAGAGGAAAAGAUUGUUGAGUAUUUUGCGAGUCCCCAAAACUAUUUUUACGAACGAAAGAAACUUUCAAAAAAUGUGUGGGGAAACCCCGAUAUCUCAAGGGAUUUGCCCAACUCACGCUAUACUGGCUACGGAAAUAUCGCCCUUUUUGUUAAGGAACUUUCAUCAUCGUUGAUAAAAAGGUGGAACCGAUUGACCAGCAGUGACGUGCCCAUAUUAUUAGAUGAGAUCAAAAAGUUUUAUGAGCUCCAUCAAUUUCGAAAACUUUUAAGAAUCCAACGGCACGUGUUUACUGAAUUUCCAUUGAUUGUGAAAGAACGGGAUUUAUUGAGGGUGUACACCAUCCUCUGGGAGUCUUUUUAUAAGAGGCUCACCGACGUUAAAGAGAAAUAUGAACAGUAUUGGUCCUAUAAGAAGAAAAACACUUCCAAAAGUGAAAGUUAUAAAGCUGAAGCGGAAAAGGCGUGGACGUUUAUGAUUAAAAAUGAUAAAGAAAAGCGCAAGCAGGACUUUGAGAAUCUUAUGAUAAACAUAUCGCUUUGCUUUAUUAAGGCGAAGUAUUACCGGUUUGGCAUUUCCAUUUGGACUUAUAUAAUAUUAUCGUUCGCUUUUAUGGCAUUUCUGUUAGCAUUCGGGGCAAUAGCAAGUUAUAUCUUCCACCGGCGCUACGUGAGAAUGAAUGGGUACCAAGCAAUACCAUCACACUUUUAA